GCGGUUGCCGUGGCAGCGCCGCCCGAGGAAGGGCGGCGGCGCCAGGCCGGGACCGUGGCUGGCUGAGGCAGCGACGUUGCCACCCGAGAGCCCGCGGCCUGGCCGGAGGCGGUACCGGGCAGGCUUGAGUCGCGGAGUGCUCCUCCCGGCCGACGGGGAUGCGGGACCGGCUUCCGGACCUGACGGCGUGUAGGAAAAAUGACGAUGGAGAGACGACUCUUAUUGUUGAAAAGGACCAUUUUAUGGAUGAUUUCUUCCACCAGGUGGAGGAGAUCAGGAAUGGCAUAGCCAAAGUAGCUCAGUAUGUGGAAGACGUGAAGAAAAACCACAGCAUCAUUCUCUCUGCUCCAAACCCAGAAGGAAAAAUAAAAGACGAGCUUGAAGAUCUGAACAAAGAAAUCAAGAAAACUGCUAACAGAAUUCGAGCCAAGUUAAAGUCCAUUGAGCAAAGUUUUGAUCAGGAUGAAAGUGGGAAUCGAACAUCUGUGGAUCUUCGGAUACGAAAAACCCAGCAUUCUGUACUGUCUAGAAAAUUUGUGGAAGUCAUGACAGAGUACAAUGAAGCUCAGACUUUAUUUCGGGAGCGAAGCAAAGGACGCAUACAGCGCCAGUUGGAAAUAACCGGGAGGACCACCACAGACGAGGAGCUGGAGGAGAUGCUGGAGAGUGGAAAGCCGUCCAUCUUCACCUCGGAUAUUAUAUCAGAUUCACAAAUUACUAGACAAGCUCUGAAUGAGAUUGAGUCACGCCACAAGGACAUCAUGAAACUGGAGACCAGCAUCCGGGAGCUGCACGAGAUGUUUAUGGACAUGGCUAUGUUUGUGGAGACCCAGGGCGAAAUGAUCAACAACAUAGAGAAAAACGUGACGAAUGCUGCAGACUAUGUGGAGCACGCUAAAGAGGAGACCAAGAAAGCCCUUAAAUACCACAGCAAAGCCAGAAGGAAAAUGAUGUUCAUUAUUAUUUGUGUAAUUAUUUUGCUUGUGAUCCUUGGAAUUAUCCUAGCAACAACAUUGUCAUAGCAACCACAUCCCAGGAGCUGUUUAUCCUUGGAGACUGAGCACAUCUUCAACAAAGUCUGCCUCCUCUCUGCUCUGAGUGACUCUCAGACCCUGCACUGUGCUGGGUGCUGGCUUCUUCCUGGUGAAGCCAGGAGACAGGCACAGUUGGACGUCGUGUGCUGAAAACACCUGCGCCCAAGGGUGUGACGCGGGCCACACAGCCUUGGGCUCCAGAUGGUACACUGCAGAGUUGACAGUGUGAUGCUUGCUUCAGUGGCCUUGAAAUAAGGAAUUAUUGACAAUUUCAAUUCUUAAGAUAUGCAGUGUUGAGAAUGCAGGUCAAGUUUAAUUAGGGUUACUCCAUGUUACGAAGCAUUAGAUUAUUCCCCCCUUCUCCCAGGUAACGUAUAUUAAUUAAGAGGCUUUUUGUACUAUGUGUGUUGAUGUCCUGUUUACAGAAAUGGUUUUUAUUAUCACAGAGUUGUUUUGUAAGAUUUCUAUAAUUUUAAAUGCUUAAUAUAUUAACAUCUUCAUUUACCGCAUUUUUAUAUGCUAAAUAUUCCCAUGUGAAGGAAAUUGGAAGCGUCAUAAUCUGGGGCCAUCUUUGAAUGGCCAUGCACCGAGUUGCUGUCACCACAGCAAAUGCUGGCAUCAGAGCCUUUCUGCCUCUCAGGUGCCUUCUGUGGGUCUUGACUUGGGGAGUGUGAUGUGCCUGCUGCCCUCCAGGAAAGUCUGACUGUGUAGUUAGCUCAUUUCUACCUGUUCCAGGACUCACGGGAAUAAAUUAUUAGUUACUGCAUUGUACAGACAGUGGUCUCUUCUUUGUUCAUUAAAGGUAAGGGUUGUGUUUCCCUGACUGCA